AUGUCGAAACGGGCGUGCCAGUCGAUUCCUCUUGAAACGAAGGUGGCAAUACUGUCGGAGGUGAAUUCUGGUAAGCUCUCGAAGACAGAGAUUGCGAAAAAGUUUGGCAUUCCCAAGAGCACGCUUUCGGGAAUUGUGAAAGACAAAACUCGGAUAUUGGAGUCUUUCAACAACGGAGGCUUCGGACCGAAGCGAAAAAGGAUGCGGACAGCUGCACACAGGGACCUAGAAGACGUCCUCGUCACGUGGAUCCAGCGUGCACGCAGUGCAAAUUUGCCUGUCAACGGACCUGUACUACGUGCCAAAGGUGAGGAAAUCGCCACGCGUUUGGACAUCGAGUUCUCGUGCAGCGAUGGAUGGAUGGACCGCUUCCGAAAGCGUCACGGUCUGGUUUUCCGUUCCGUUGUUGGGGAAGCUGCAGCCGUCGACGAAACUGUUUGCCAGGACUGGCGGUCUUCUAGGUUGCGACAGUUGCUUGAAGAGUACGACCCCGCAGACGUGUACAACGCGGACGAAACCGCGUUGUACUAUCAACUGCUUCCUGACAAGACGCUGACUUUUGUCGGAGAUACGUGCACAGGAGGUAAGCACAGCAAGGUGCGCAUUACAGUGCUUGUUGGUGCGAACAUGAGUGGGACUGACAAACUGAAGUUGUUGGUGAUAGGCAAGGCCAAGUCGCCACGCUGCUUUAAACACGUGAAGACACUGCCUGUGGACUAUACGGCGAAUUCCAAGUCAUGGAUGACUCAGGCACUGUUUGAGCAGUGGUUGCGGGGCAUGGAUCGUCGCUUUGUGCGAGAGAAGAGGAAAGUUCUUUUUCUUGUCGACAAUUGCCCGGGCCAUGGUGAUGUCGCUGGACUCUCGGCCAUCCGGCUCGAGUUUUUGCCGCCAAACACGACAGCAAAGCUUCAGCCGAUGGAUCAGGGCGUAAUUAGCAGCCUGAAGCGACAUUAUCGGCGAUCGCUCCUCCAACGCAUGCUGUUGUGCAUGGAGACUGAGAAAGACUAUCAAGUCAACCUGCUAAGUGCGCUCCAUCUUCUGGCACGUGCCUGGGAUAUGGUGACAGAAACCACCAUUGCGAACUCAUUCCGUCAUGCAGGGUUUCUUGAGCACGGCAUGCCUGCGCAGAAUCUUGUUGAAGACUCUGAAGGAAUGCAAGAGGACAGCGGCCUGCUUUCUAACCUCCGCAAUGCAGGUGUCUCUGUGGACAUCGAAUCCUACAUCACUCUGGACGAAGAUGUUGCUACCUGCAGGCAGGACACUAUGGAUGCCAUCAUUGAAGAGGUGCUACACACUGAUGAACCCUCAAACACUGAAGUUGAUGAGGAUGAAGACUGUGAUGUUGAAGUUGCACCAGUGACUUGCGAUGCAGCUGAGAGUGCUCUCAGUGUGCUGCUCCAGUUUUUCCAGGAGCGUGAGGGGUCUGAGCGAUAUUUGAGCCAGAUUGGACAGAUGUCAUCUUUUGUCACUGGACAACAUCUUGCUGGACAGAGGCAGCAAAAACUUACGGAAUGGUUUAGCUAG